AAAACUUCAUUGUACUCGGAACUACAUCCAUCUGAACCUGUUCCUCUCUUUCAUUCUAAGAGCAAUCUCUGUUUUAGUCAAGGAUGAUAUUCUCUAUUCCAGCUCCAACACAGCUCACUGCCCAGAGGAUCAAACAUCAUGGGUGGGCUGCAAGGCUAUUUUGGUGUUUUUUCAGUAUGGUGUUAUGGCAAACUUUUACUGGCUCUUAGUUGAAGGACUUUACCUCCACAUCCUCCUUGUGCUAAUAUUCUCCCCCAACAGACACUUCACAAUCUACCUGCUGAUCGGAUGGGGAAUUCCUACUGUAUUCAUUAUUACGUGGACAGUGACACGGAUCAUUUUAGAAGACACUGGUUGCUGGGAUACAAAUGAGCAUGGUGGUCCCUGGUGGGUUAUACGAAUACCAAUUUUAAUUUCUAUUAUAGUGAAUUUUAUACUUUUCAUUAGUAUUAUAAGAAUCUUACUGCAGAAGUUAAGAUCUCCAGAUGUUGGAGGAAAUGACCAGUCACAGUACAAGAGACUUGCAAAAUCCACGUUGUUGCUUAUUCCGUUAUUUGGAGUUCACUACACAGUGUUUGCUCUAUUUCCUGACCGCAGUUCCAAUAAUUAUAAAAUAAUCUUUGAGUUGUGUUUGGGAUCUUUUCAGGGGUUGAUUGUUGCAGUCCUGUAUUGUUUUUUGAACAGUGAAGUGCAAGGGGAGCUGAAAAGAAAAUGGCGGAGUUUGUGCUGGAAGCAGACAGCAGGCAGAGAUUACAGACUCCACAGCUCUUCAAUUUCCCGAAAUGGAUCAGAAAGCGUUUCUCAGCUCCACCGGAAUUCAAGGGCUCAGUCAUUUAUGCAGACAGAGACCACCAUGAUAUAAAUCAUCUAUGUCCCCACAACAGGAAGAACUGUGGGAUAGAUCAUUCAUUAUGCAGCUUGAUGUGAUACAUUUUAUAAUGUACAGUUUAGUGCUUUGCUUUUCUACGUGUUGGUAUUUGGGAAAUUGGUUUGUGCAGCCAACCAGUUGAUAACAGAGACACCUGCCCCAUGGAUGCUUUCUGGUUUGGGGUUUUCUUAAUGGUUUCCAUAUUAGUUCUGAUGUUCUCUUGCUGUUUACUAGUCAUAACUAUUCAAAAACUCAUUUACUGUAAUUGUCCCUUUACCCUCCAGCGUGUCUACAAGAUAGAUG